AUGAGCACUCCUCCGUCCCCCGUUACUGAGGAGCUCGAGAUCCCCGACGUAAUUGAACGUUUGUCAAAACCUGAUAAAGCAGAACAUGAGAAACAAAUUGCUGUACUUGAUACUGCAAUUAAAAAGCUUCAAGCUCGUUCCAAUGUCCUUCGCUCGGAAAUGGAGGCGCUCAAGACGAAUCGUAGUACUUAUGGCGGUCAAAUUCAAGAAGCAAAGGCAAAAUUUGCCUCCUUACGUGCUGAAAAAGAGACAUUGAUCCUCCAACGAAACACGAUUACGGCCCGUUUGCGUCACACACGCAAUGAAAAGGACUCGACGGUGAAACAACAACGCAGUUUGCGGUCGAAUUUCAAAUUUGGAACCAAGGAAGAAUUUGAAACGGCCAUUGCUGAUUUAAAGCAUAAACAAGAGACUAUUUCAAUGUCAUUGAUGGAAGAAAAGAAGAUGAUUAAAGAAAUUGAACUCUUGCAGACUCAAAAGCUUCAAGUGAGUGCUCUCUCAAGUGAUAAAGGAGUGAUUGAGAAACAAACUAACAACAUUAAAGAGAUGCAAGCUCUGCAAUCGAAAAAGAAUGACGAAAUUGAUGUGGUCCAUGCGAAACUUAAUGCUCAAAAAGAAGCACUGGAUGAACUCUAUCGUCUGAAUGAUGAAGAGAAUAAAAAGGAUCAAUUUCCUGUUCUUGCCAAAGAACGGAAAGAGAUUAAAGAACAAUUGGAUGAAAAGUUUACAGCUUUGAAAGCACUUCGGAAGGAAUUUCGGGACGCAAAUGAUAAAUACUACAAUAACAUUCGUCUUGUCCGUAAGAAGAAAGAAUUGGAGCGUCAGAAAGAAGAGGAAAGUCGCAAAGCCGAGUAUGAAGCGAAACUUGCUGAUUAUGAAACGGAAAUGGCCAAGAUUCAUCCGUAUCAGCAUGAGAUGGAUCUCUGUGAUGCACUUGUGACUUUUCUGGAAAACAACUACGCCAAGGAACUGAAGGACGUGGAUGGUACGGUUGCUGAAGUCUCGUCUGUCACUGUUGAGCUGGAUGGUAUGAAGCCUCUGCAGCGGAAAGAAGAGGACUUUAUGAUACUUGGUGGAGGUAAGAAAGGCAAGAAGGGACGUCCAAGCAAAAAGGCCAAGAAAGCCGCCAAGCUGGCUCUGCCGCUAGCGCAGCUGGAGGCUUUUAGCACUGUCGGUCUGCUUCCGCCGUCUGCUGCGGAUGCCGUCCCAGACUCGCUGGCUGCCGUGAAGGCCAAGAAGGUCUGGUUCAACGAGCAGACGUCGAUCGCAGAAACGCCUACAGAGGCUGGUGUUGAGUCUGCUGCCCCACCCAAGGUUGCUGCCUCCCCCAAGAAGAAGAGCAAUCAUAACAAGAAGUUUAACGCCAGUGACAAGGACGCCUUUCCGUCGCUGGGUGGUCUCGCUGUCGAGCUGCCGUCGUGGGGUCCGGGCAUGGCACCUCCCGUUGCUGAUGAGAUCACCGUGGCGGCUGAGUUUGCUGAUGCCGACGUCGCUGUGGCGAUUGAAGUUGCUGAUGCUGAUGCCGACGUUGCUGUGGCGACUGAAGUUGCUGAUGCUGAUACCGACGUCGUAACGGAGGACGAAUAA